GUUAAUCAUAAUCAAGAUGGAACAAUAUCUCAUACAGUAUUAGGAGGUGUGAAUGAAUGUACAUUAAGUGAUAAAAAACUAAAUGAUCCUGAAGUUGUUAAUACAAUAAUGAAUUUAAAUCUUCCAUUUCGUCCAAAAUCAAUGUUAAAAUCCAUUAUUAUAAAAGGAAUAGAAUAUAAUGAACAAUGUAUUAUCAAUGUAUCAAAUGAAUAUUUUCCUAAGUGUCCAAAACUUGGUAAAAUGAUAUAUAUUUUGAGUAAUGGUCCAAGAUAUUUAUUUGUUUACCAAGAAUUAAAAAUUAAUGAUUAUGCUAUACC